GAUGCAACCUUGUCCAACUUGAACCAAAGGAAGAGAGGUUAGUUGAGCCGUUUCCUUAAUUUUGGAAAACUAAAAUUGUUAUUAUCACUUCCCCCCUGACGAUCGAGUUUUCCGGCCGGGUACCCCACUGACUUCUCCUCGAACAUGAACGAGAGUCGACAGAUCUUGGAUGAGACCCGAUCAGCGGUAAACCUGUUGGAUGCGGCCCAAUCUGCGGUAGACCUUCUAACCAGAGUACUCGGAACGGAUGAGAGGAAUCUUGGCCAUGGCUCUCUCACUGAACAACACCGUGUCGCAACUGAUGGAGAGAUUCUAAGGAAUCCAUCCAGAGGAAGAUCUGAAGACUGGAAGCCACAUCUAUCAGAUGGUCGACGUUCAUUGAGGGGAUCGUCACCUUUCCAAGCCAAUGAUGAUUCCUAUUACUAUCCCAAGAGUUCAUCUUCUUCAAGUAUACUACCCAGAGCGAAAUCGGUUACCAUAGCAACCGAUGAGAGAGAAAAGACUGGGGUUGUCACCAAUUCACCGAAAAGGAACGAGUUCCAAUAUAGGCCGAGAUUCCACCAGACAGUCAGCCCAAAGAUCCCAUCACAAGUUGCUAAGGUAACCCCACAGCAGUUGACUGCGUCUGCAUCUGAGGAGCGUGACGUCACCAUGGACUAUUCCAGUCGAGGUAGUGCUGGUGGCGGCGGUCCUGAAAGCUUAGCCGAGGGAUGGGAUCGCGGCUUUAAUGAAUUUAUUAUCGAGCAGGCCCAAGCCAGCAGUAUACUCGUAAUGGAAAAUGCAAAGCUGCGAGAGGAACUGCAUGAAGCCAAGGCCGAAGUUACCUCACUGACUAAGGAACUCUCCAAGAAGUCGCAGGUAGAUAAGAAGGAAAGCGAGGUACAGACUAUCAUCUGUGGUCAUGUCAUCGGUGAUCAUUUAUAUCUCAACCACGAAUUCAACGGCCAACUCGCAUCAGAUGACGAAGAGGACACAGAUUUCAUGACCUACAGUACUUCAUCCCCGGACCGACAUUACGCCUUGCAAGCGAGUAUGUCAGACGAUCUCGUUGAUGGAGCUGGUGGCGCCAACGUGUAUUUCUACACCCCUGGUUCACAAAUAUCAACUCCCGGGAAUCGAACAUCUACUGUGUCGUCAUCGGGAGGUGGUCUUAUCAGGAGGAAGCUAGAACUACCAAAGUCACUCAAGAAAGGAAGAGGCAACCUAGGUACCAUCAGCUACGAGCUGUUAGCAUCUCAGGAUAGUUCUACCGGCUCUCAGGGAUGUUGUCCCUUUGCCUGCUUUGGUCAUCUCGGCGGAAGAAAGCACCCACAAAAAUAAAUCAUCUUUGACGUAACCGUUUUCACCCAUUGUGAAUCCUUUAAAUGAAUGCACUCUAAAUAGAAACCCAAUCAGAAUUAAAUGAUGUAUGAGUUUUGUGUAUGUAGUACAUGCUUUGGGAUGUUUUUUUUUUUUGGGGGGGGGGUUGAGUCAAUCAAAAGCACAGAAUAAAGAAAGUCUUCAUUCAAACUUGGUUGAGAUAAAUGGUUCAUAAAAUAUGCCAAACUUUGUAUUUUAAUGACUUUA